GGAGGGUAAGGCCGCCCUUGGGGAGUCAACAAAGUGGCAUACUAAGUUGGGGCAGGACCAACCCCCGCCCCCUCCCUCCUCGAGGCUGAGCAAGGUCGCUGUCUUAUUUAAGAACUUGGCGGGGGCUGGUAAGAUGGCUGAGCAAGUCAGGGUACUUGCUGAGCCAGCCUAAUGCCGGAGUUCAAUCCCAGAAUCCAUGGAAAGCUGGAAAGAGAUCCAACUCCACUGAGUUGUCCUCUGACCCCCUCAGGUGCCUCCACACACUUUUGUUGCUGUUUUGUUUUUCGAGACAGGGUUUCUCUAUGAAACAGUCCUGGCUGUCCCGGAACUUACUCUGUAGACCAGGCUGUCCUCGAACUCACAGAGGUCCGCCUGCCUCUGCCUCCCAAGUGCUGGGAUUAAAGGCGGGCACCAUCAUCGCCUGGUUUACAAAAUGCAUUUUUGAAAAGUACAUUUUCAAGUCAUCCCAACCUUCAGCAAUCAACACUGAUCACUCCACAGCCAUCAGGGGAGACAAAGCCAUCUGCCACCAAGAUUACAAUUAAUAAAGGCUCAGAGGAUCAAGAGCAUUUUUUAGCAAUGGAGUUUUGUUUUUUUAAUUAGGGAUUUUUGUAUACAUAACGCUACACACAGUUAGCAGAGUAUAGAGUAUUGUAAAUAUAGCUUUUGGGGGGGCGGGGUUCGAGACAGGGUUUCUCUGUGUAGCUUUGUCCCUUUCCUGGAACUCACUCUGUAGCCCAGGCUGGCCUUGAACUCACAAAGAUCCGCCUGCCUCUGCCUCCCAAGUGCUGGGAUUAAAGGCGUGCGCCACCACCGCCCGGCCUUGUCCUGCAUUUUAAUGCCACAGUAAGACUUUAAAAGUUGUAAUGUACACUUAUUGUUCAGGUUUUCCACUUUCACUGCUAACCGUGUUUGCCCCGCAGAUAGGCAGCCUUGACUGUCCCGAUGACUACCUCCUCGUCUAGUCUACCUUUCAGGAGGCAGAACUUGGGUCACAGCCUGCCUAUCCUUUGCCUCAUCUCAUAGAUGCCUCUCAGUCAGUGGGAGUGGCUUGGCAUGGAAAUGGGCGCUGAUGUUCUGUCAUUGUGCAAGGCACAGUGUGGACAUUCUCCGUUUAGGAUGUGGGAAUUAGCCAGCGCUACAGCAUGUCGUGGAGGUUGCUGACGGGACACCAGCUCUGCAGGCUGUGUCUUUUCAGAAAGCCGCAACCAGCUCUAAAAAUCAAACCUUCAGCAUGUGUCAGCUAUGAAACGGGCAGCCAGACCAACAAAGAAAACACGAGAACAGUGGAAAGGCUCCAGGCAUGUUCCGUUGACAUCAGGAAGAUCCGCAGACUGAAAGCAUGGGUGCUUCUAGAGGAUGACACCUACGUUGAAGAGAUUGCAAAUAUUCUGAAAGAACUAGGCGCCAACAAAACUGUGAUAGCCAGUAUUUUAGAACGCUGUCCAGAAGCGAUUGUCUGCAGUCCUGCCGCUGUUAAUGCCAAAAGGAAACUUUGGCAGACGGUCUGCAAAAAUGAGGCCCACCUAAUCCAAUUAAUAGAGCAGUUUCCAGAACCUUUCUUUACUGUCAAGGACCAGGAGAACCAGAAGCUGAAUGUUCAAUUCUUUCAAGAGCUGGGACUCAAAAAUGUGGUGAUUAGCAGGUUUCUGACGACCGCCUCUAGCAUUUUCCAUAAUCCUGUAGAGAACAACAAGCGAAUGAUAGGGGUUCUCCAGGAGAGCUACCUAAGCUUAGGUGGCUCUCAGGCCAACGCCAAAGUGUGGCUGCUGAAGUUAUUAAGCCAGAAUCCAUUUGCUGUGUUAAGUCCUCCGACAGCUGUAGACCAAAUACUAAAAUGUCUUCAAGGACAAGGUUUCACAAACUCUCAAGUUCUUCAGCUUCUGUCCAAACUUAAAGGGUUUCUUUUUCAGCUUCAGCCAGGAAGCAUCCAGAACAGUAUUUCCUUCACUAAGACUACUUUUGAGUGCACAGAUGAUGAGCUGCGGCAGUUGGUUGUGAACUGUCCCGUGCUGCUGUAUUACCCUGCCCCAGUCCUAGAAGAGAGGAUCCAGGCGCUGCUGAAGGAAGGAAUCUCCAUGGCUCAGCUAAGAGAGUCACCAAUGGUCCUUGAGUUAACACCACAGAUAGUCCAAUACAGGAUAAGAAAGCUGAACUCUUUAGGCUACAGAAUAAAGGAUGGGCAUCUAGCAAGUCUAAAUGGAACAAAAAAGGAGUUUGAGGCUAACUUAAGCAAAAUGCAAGCCAAGCAGGGAAGGCCACUAUUUAACCCUGUGGCAUCAUUAAGUGUGGAAGAGUGAUGUGGAGCUUAUUUCUAGCAGGCAAAGUGACCAAUUCACAAAGACUUAAGCAACUCAGCUUGUAAGCACUACUGAGUAUCAGGACCUACUGAGCUUCUGAGUGGUGUUCAAGCACCUCAUAAUCGAUGGCCUCUGACUCUUAAUGUAUUUUAAAAUAUAAAAUAAAUAUAAAUUGUGUUUAAAUAACAUCA